AUGAACACAAGAAGCACACAUCUGACAGAAUAUGCAAUAAAGGAAAUCAUUUCAGAGAAAUUCUCUUAAUGGAAAUCAGUCAGUCCUUCAUAAAUUAGCAUAACUAGAUUGACAGGGUUAACAAACAUCACUUAUAAAGCAUAAGCAAUGAUAGACAUUACACCUUAAACAAUUUUAUUUAGAGAGUAAUGAGUUUUAUCAUUUAAAAUUAGAUUUGGGAAUGCUGAAAGAUUUGUAGAUUCAUAACAAGAGAGAAUCGUUUUUAAGACAAUAUCUGAUAUGGACUUAGGACCUUAAUAAUUGGAAUGCGGUAGCAGUUGGAGAAUGGAAGAAUUUGUAAAAAAUGGUAUACAUCCUAACAAUGAAAAAAUGGCUGAAGCUGAUUUUUAAUUUAAGGCUAUGGGAGUAUUAUAGAAAUUCCAUUAAAUGGAGAUUCCUAUAGUUAAUGAUGGUUAAUCUUUGAUUCUUAAGAAGACUAUAUCUUAAGAAAUGAAAGCAAAUGUUUUGAAGAAGAUAGAAAAACAUGAAUUGUAUACAGAUGUAGAACUUAAAUAAUUAGAGUGCAUUGAAAAUUUCUUAAAUAAUGAAGAAGAAUUCAAUUAUUUAAGUUAAAUGACUAGUAGAGAAAAUCAUGAAGAGGUAUUAUUCUUAAUAAUAUUUUUAGUUAAAAUUCUGCCAUAAUGAUUUAAAUUAAUUAAACAUUUUUAAUACAUCUAAGAAGGAUAAGGAAAUUGUCUUCAUAGAUUAUGAAUAUUGUUCAUAUAAUUAUCCCUCUUAUGAUAUUGCUAAUUUCCUAAAUGAAUCUACAAUCAAUUAUCAACAUGAAGAAGAUCCUUACUAUAUUCUUGUUGAAGACAAUUUUAAUACUACUCCAAUUUAAGCACACUUUCUUGCUUUAAGUUAUAUUCUCAAUAAGGAAUGUAAUUAAAUUGAAAUCAAUCAGAUAUAGAGAUUAAUAAAUGAGAAUACAAAUAAAAAUAAAGAUGAAUUGAAAAUCUUUAUUGGAUUAGUUAAAUAAAUAUUAGAAUCAAGAUUAAGUGAAUAGGAAAUUGUUGAUUUGUUCACAGCAAUUUCUUAUUUAAAAAGAAGAAUUAGAAGAUUCUAAAUAAUAUCAAAUUUGAAUUGGGUUUGGUGGAGUGUUCUUUUGGCUCAUGAAAAGAAUUCUCUUAAUUUUGAAUAUAUCGAUUAUGGUUUCUUAAGAUUCAAAAUGCUCACAAAGCUUUUAGAAUAAGAGAAAGCAAGAAAAAAUACUCAAUGA